AUUGCAUCCUGCGCUGCAUGCAGCCCACGGACAUCAUAAGGAACAGUUGCCCCAGCGGGACCUCCCCCCCAUUCCCCCGUCUUCCCACCCAUUUACACCUUGGCCCUCUCCCGAGUUUGCCGGAUUAUUCUGUGCCAGUAUAUAACAUACUAGAUUUUCUCGGUAGUCAUGAGCAACAACUUGCGCGGCGAGAUAGAUCUUACUACAUGGUUUCAUGUUUCUGUUGCCAAAAGGAGGCCAUAACGCAGGCUUGUUAUGAGAAACGGCGUGGAUGGCCCUAAAUCUCGUUGGUAAUUACAGUCUUGGUGCGGUCAUUGGACAAGGUAGCAGUGCAGUGGUGCAUCAGGCUUGGCAGCGCGAGACAGGCGCAUUUGUAGCUAUCAAAAAGUUUGAAAGAAGCAGCAAUGACAUCAAGGCGGUAUUGACCGAGUUAGAUCUUCUGAGCAAAUUGGACCAUCCUAAUAUUGUUAAAUAUUUGGGCGCUAUAAAUGACAGCGAGGGUCUGCAUGUCGUUCUUGAAUACAUGGAAAAUGGUAGCCUCGUAUGUGAAUUUCGCGGUUGCCAUUCAAUACAAGUUCCAUGUUAGUAGGCCUCUGUGCGCAAGCUCUUUGGAGAUUUCUCGGAGCCGGUAUGUAGUUCAUACGUUAACCAGGCUAGUAUUAAGCGCAAUAAUUCACCUCACCUAAUACUGCGGUUAGGUGCUCUUUGGGCUUGAGUACCUUCACGCACAAGGUGUGCUUCAUCGAGAUAUCAAGGGGGCUAACAUCUUAACAACCAAAACUGGUGUGGCAAAAGUAGCAGAUUUUGGUGUAGCUGUCAACCCUUCAGAGUUGCUUAGAGGCGACCAUGUUAACGCAAUUUAAUGGCUUGAUGUAGGCACGAGCAGCGUCGUUUGCAGGUGCUGAUCUUGAUGAUGACAUGGUUGGGUCCCCCUACUGGAUGGCACCUGAGAUCAUUGAGAUGUCUGCAACACCCUCCGCGGCCUGUGACAUCUGGAGUCUUGGUUGCACGAUUCUUGAGCUCACAACAGGAAAGCCUCCACAUUUCGAUCUGGCACCCAUGGCAGCACUGUUUCGGAUUGUGCAAGAUGACGUACCUAGGCUUCCUGCUGGUGCGAGUGAGGCUCUGCGCGACUUUUUACUUCAAUGCUUUAAUCGUGAAGCUGCGUUGCGCGCUAAUGCCCGAGUACUUCUGGGUCAUGCAUGGCUGCAACGUGCACCCCCGCUAAGCCCCUCCGAGGCUGCUGGAUUCCCAGCGACACCUCCUAGUUGUUUCCAGCCCCCAGUUUCAAUGACUUCACAACAGCCGAGUCGCCAUGUUUCGUCUCUUAACGGCAAGGAUGAGCUGCAACGAACAAGUCGCGGCGCCAGUGGGUCAAAGUCAGUUUCAACUGAGCAUAUUAAUUCUGCUGGCGUCGUUGCACCUACCCUAAAACCAGCAGUUGCGGACAGCCAGGCGUUGAGGAAAUAUCGAGAAGAUGAAGAAGAUCAAAUUGAAGACGGCUUUGAUGUCUGCAAGAUUUUUGAUGGAAUUGGCUCCGUGUCUUGUCCAAAUGGCCCAGUGGGGAAUGGCUGGCAAGGUGCUAGGGAUGAGGUCUUGCCAUUAAACAACUCAUUUUCAAGUGAAGCUAAGUGGGAUGUUAAACCACACGAUGCAGGCUCGCGUAGAGAAUUGUCAAGAAGCAAGUUUGGGGCCUCUCUCGACACGAAGGCUGAUGUUUUAGACCCGUUCACGGUCGGUUUCUUUGAAGAUGCUGAAGAUUUUGUUCACAAUGACUUGCGGGACAGAAACAUGAAGAAGCAAGAGGAGAUUAACGAACUCCUGUUUGAUUUUGCAGCGUCUGUUAAAAAAGGUGACCAGGUCUUAUUAAGACUAUUCACACUUGUUAAACCGAUGGUUGACGAAGAGCAUAUUCUCUCUGAGCUGGGUGCAAUUUCGCUUGUUGAAGCUUUGAGAUCACAGGGAUGUGCUAUUGAAGUCCUCCAAGCGCUGCGCAUCAUCCUAUUUGCUGUUCCGAACGCGGCAGACUUACUAACGGCCUUGGGGAUCGCACCCGUGCUCACAUCUCUGAUACCAAUUACCAAACUUGACGAUAGAGUUUUGGGUCUGCUUGGCACCGUUUUGAACAUUUUUGGCCUGCGCUGUUCAGGGCCUUGCCUGAGAGUAUUUCUAUUCAGUGGGGGCCUGCAGCUUGCUGUCGAAUUGUUAAUGCCACGUGACAAGGCCGCAGGACUUAGCUCUCAGUGCAUAGCUAUUCUGGCCAGCGUUGAAUUUCUUGUUCGAGCUCUCGACGUCAAGACAGUGAAACUGCAAUUACAGAAUCCCUCGAGGGCUGCUCUCUGUCGUGCACUUGCAUUGAGGGACACACCUUCAAAACUUGCUGCGUCCCUAGAGGCAAAUCUUUGCGCUAAUUCCUCCUCCCCAGACAGAUAUUCUGCAGAGUUGAUGGCUAAUGCUCUUGCUGCCCUUUCCGACGCAGAUACUGUGGUAAAGGAGGCCAUUGCCGCAUCGAAGACAGCAACCAUAGUCUUGGGUGUACUGGCUGAGUUUCCUCAGCGGGUCCGAGACGCCUGGGAGCAAGGCUCUGAUGGGGACGCUGACGCUAAACUCACUGUGGGAUUGCUCAAAACAUUAAAGGCAAUCAGUAUGACAAGUGCAGCGGCAUUAGAUUCAUUAGCUAGUUGUGGAGCUAUUGAGACGGUUGUUGUUGUCCUUGAAGUUGCCCAGGUGGGCGCUGUCAAAGGUGAUGGAUUCACAAAGAGACUAGUCCCUCGUCGAGAUGAGCUUGAAGAUCAGCUAGUGCCAAUUGUGUACUACCUGUGUCGCAUCGAUCGUUCGCGGCUGGCUCGGGCUGCAAGAUGUGGUGCUGCAACCUUAUUGGCUACAUGUGUUGCAAGACGAAGGCAUUUGAAACAAUUUGCUCUUGCCAUUCUGUGUGAACUCUGUCAUGUGGCAGCCAGUGACAACCAAGGCGAUGUUGCCGCAGAGCUCUGGCGUGCCGGAGGUGUCCGUCUUUACGUUCGACUAUUGGAUGAAGCUUACUGGUGUGUAAGAGCACUCGCUGCUCUGAGCUCUUGGCUUAAGGCCGACAUUUCAGUCGAAUCUGCGAUGUCUGAACCCUAUUGUGCAAAGUCAAUGGUGUUUCUUUUUCAAAGAUUGGAUGGGGCGGAGUUUGAACAGGCUCUAGAACCACUACUUGAUGCUUGCAAUACAUCUCCUCGUUUUGUAAGGGCGCUCCUAGAUGUGUCAGCUGAUUUAAAGAGGUAUCUAUUUGUUCUUGAAAUCGGCCACAAACUCGAAAGAUAUACCAGCGCAAUUACAAGGAAAACCCUACUUGAAAUUCUCAGGGCGACUCUUGCUACAAUGGACAAUCCAAGAAAUCUUCUCCUCGAGACCAACAUCGACAAUGUUCUCAUCUCGCUGCUAACAGAUGAUGCGAUCUCAGGCCAAGUGCUGGUCAUGAAUCUCGCAGGGAACAUCCUGCUUGUAGCGGCUUGAAAUGAAAGAGAUACACUGAAGGGCGAAUUUCCUCGGCUAACUCGGCGCUUCCCGGCCCGGGCACUCGCUAGUGUACGGACGCUUCCCCAAGUACACUUGGCAAACAUACAAACUGUAAAUUCUUGAGUUUAUAUUUUUCGAAUUUUACCACAGACCCCC